CAUGAAUUCUUUCACCCAAACUGAUAAGGAUUUGCGGCAAUUGAUGAGCGCUUCGCAGUGUUCCUCCAACUCUCUGUCUCGAUACGACUAGCUGGCCAUUAAGAUUAUCUUACAAGCAGGGAAAUUGCAGUGAUUUGUGUUGAGAAAAUUAGUGGCAAUUUAAAUGUGAUUAAUUGUUGAACUGUGUGCUCUUGUGCUGAAGGAAAAGAAAUGCGAAUUCUCUCUAUUGCACUCAUCGGUUUCAUGUGGCUGGCUCCACGUGUUGUGCCGUUCGAGGUGAUUUAUUCUGCGACCGACGCCGCUGAGGUCACCGAGGAGCACCUCCGUGAAGUCCAGGAGCUGCGCAGAGAACUCAAUCCCACUGACGCCAGACCACGUGUCUCGCAAAAGGCGCUCUACGAGGCGGAUGCGAUCCGGGAGGAGAUCUUGAACGCGGUGAAGAACAAUCAGUACAUUCAUGGAAGUGCGCCUGACACGCACAAGCUGCAUUCUGCUCAUCUCUGGGGCAGUGUUGGGAAUCUCUUCAAGCGUCGCCGGGUGGCCACGAACCAAGUAGAUGAGAGCUCAGAGAGCGAUUCUGAUUUCCACAUCAGAUUUCCUCAUCUUAUGCAAACUUAUCGUGAUGUUCUGUACUUGAAUUCCGUGGAGGAAGACAUGAGCUUCGAUCUCGGAGAGAAUGUCACCUCUUGGAAAACCCUCCAUCAGCGGAAACUGGGCAAACACUCCCUGAUCGGCAUCACCAACUCCAGCGUGGUGUUGCUGAAAGAGACGGAGGGACACUAUGAGUUCGUGAGGGAACUAAAAUUGCCUUCCACUCCCACAACUCUCGAGGGAUUUUCCCGGUGGGAUGCUGAAGAUAAGGCCGCCGAAGGCAUAGCAUUAGUGGGAAUAGCCAAUGAAUUGCUAUGGAUUGAUUUGGGUACUGAUUUCGAUGAACUUACGAUUUCUUGGCGGUGGAAUCUGCAGAAAACCCUCACGGAAAUUGAUUUCUUCUCCCUAAUGGAAGAUCCAAUGGUGAUGCUGUUCAGUGAGACGAUCGAGCACAAGACUUUGGAUAUUUAUCGUUUUGAUUAUGCGUCAAAGGAUUUCUGGCUGGUCCAGACAAUCCCUCUCAACGUUUCCAGCACUUCUGUGGCUGUCCUGGAAGAUGGUUCUAACCUAAUAAUCGCCAUUCCGCAGAAGAACAUCACAGCUCUUUAUAAGUAUGCCAAAGAGUCCAGCUUUAAUCAACAUUUCACACACUUUCUGGACAUUGAGUCUCCUGAAGUCGCGCACGUAGCGAGUUUUCACGUCGAGGGAUUCUCUCAUGUGGCCAUUGGCGGAAACAAGCCCCAAAUCAUGCGUCUGGAGGAUGACUCUUUGAAACCAGUGGAGAUCCAUCAUGGCCACUUUGGUCUCGUGGACUUCUGGCUACCCAUCGUGAUCAAAACGUAUCGGGAUGACCUCAUAAUUCUAGUCCAACAUCGAGUGCUCCUUCACGAACACAUUGUCACUAAACUCGAGGUUCUUCUGUGGAAUGGGAAGUUCUUCAGCGUUCUUCCCAAUGUUCCUUGCAUCCUGUCGGACAUUGAAUCAAAAUAUGGCAUCAGAUGCAUGCUGGAUUUUGACAGAGAACGGGGACUGGAAGGAUCAACCAUUAUUCGCCAUGACAGGAAUAUUUCCAUCCUCGUUCCACGCGAUGAUGCAGACUCUGGCCUUUUCCUCCUCAACAUGGAAAUGCGAGCGGAUUUCCCACCAGAAUUGGAGCAUCUUGAGGAAUUCAAGAUGAUGUACGAAUACUUUAGCGAACUCGAUAAACACAAGGACAGAGUUCUGGAAGAGGCGCUGGAUAGUAUGAAGAAUGCAGCGAAAGUUAAUGAAUUCAACCACAUUUCCGCACACUGGAAGGUGAAAUCCCUCCAAACUGAAGCAUUUGAAGUGGCUGCGGAUCAAGUGGAAUUCGAGAGAGAGCACAAAAUUAUCGUCGGCCACAAAAUCUGGACUCCCGAUGAUUCUAGAGUGCAUAUUCCAACACUUUCUGACAUUCUGGACAAAAUUGAUGAUGAUCUCGGUGCUUUGAUGUCAAAGGUUCCAGAGAAAACGCAAGCUCGGGACUCUCGGACAAUUUCUCUGGGCACCAUCGCGUCGAAUGGCCAAUUCUCCACAGAGGGAAUGUAUAUCCUGACGCCUGAUGACCACCAUCGCGGGAAGAGACAGACCAGACAGAUUAAUGCCACAGAACUGAUUGUAAAGUACCUGGAUGUUGAGUCAAUCAACGGAAUACCAGUCAGUGAUUUCGUGUUCAGCGGGAGUGAGGAAAUUGCCAUAGAAAGUGAUUUGAUAAUUACUGGUCCGCUGGAAGUUGAAGAUGUGCGUGGAAAAGUAAAUGGCAGGUCUCUUCAUGAGGAAGUAAGUGCGAUUGAGAGUGAAACAUUGGAAUUUGGCUCGCUUCACAUCACUGGAGAUCUCACUGUCCAGCAGAGUGUCAAUGGAAUUAAUGUCUCCCAGCUCUUUAACACAUCUAACUCUUCCGAUGUCCUUGCCGAUGAUAAUAUCACGAUUUCCGGUAACUUAACAUUCAACACCCUCAAUAAUGUGGAUUGGAAGAAGUUUAUGCAGAGCAUCGUCAUGACAAAUCGUCCUAUUUCUCUUGAGAAAAUUAAAAUCAACGGAGAAGUGUUCUUCGUGGAUGAUUUAUGGAUUGAUUCACUGAACAACAUCACCUUCCCUGGAGGAUAUUUGUGGGCAUCAAAUGGCUCUUCCGAUAAACCCUCCACCGCGGUUAUUACCGGUCGUAAGAAAUUCAAGACACUCGUUGCUACUUCUAUCGAUGCUGAGAAAACCAUUAAUGGAUUCGACGUGGAAAGAAUAAUCACCAUCAAUUCAGAUCAGCACAUCCCUGGAGAGACGACUUUUGGGGAACUAAAUGUGGUGGGAAGACUCGAGGUCGAUGGUGAGAUCAAGGGAAGGCAUUUGGAUAAAUUUCUGAAGAAUCCCACUCUUCUGGAGACGAAAACAGUACACACUGCUUGCCUAUUUCGUGAUCUUAGAGUCGAAGGCAAUAUUAUUGUUAACAAUUCCUUGAAUGGAAUGGAUUUGGACUCAAUCCUGAAAAAUGCUGUCUAUACAACUGACAAAACAAUUAAUGUAGUUGCCUUCAAGUCCUUCGAAAAUGUAACUUUUAGCUCUGGAAUUACGCUAACUUCAGGCCUUCUAAAUAGUGUUCCUCUCAAGGAAUAUGUGACCAGAGACACAGAGCAGGAACUGCAUAUCAAAGAGAUUAAUGGUGAUAUCUAUUUCCAUGCUCUGACCCUCGAUGGACUAUUUAAUGACGUGAAUGUCACGGAAUUGGAUUACAACAGCGUCAAAUUGUCCGGGCAGCAGCACACGGAGGCCGAGAUCAUAUUUGAGAACGACGAUCUGGGCGAUUUCGUAGAUGUUAUUGCCGGAAAAAUGGAAGUGAGCGAUACCAUCAAUGGAUUUAAGGUGCACGAUUUAAUUGACACCACCGAAGAUCUCGAGCUCGAUGCUGAUGUGGAAUUUGAGGAGCUCAGAGUCGAUCAUUUGGAGACGAAGGCAGACUUAAUUGGAAAAUUUCUGGUCAAUGACAUCGAUUUGGAGGAUUUCGAUCGCCGGCGAUUGAGUUUAUCCAGAGAACAAACUAUUGAAGUCCCAUUCCACAUUGAUCAUGCUGAUAUUGACUCUCUCCAUGUCAGCAGACUCAAUAACGUGUCAAUUGAGAAGGUUGAGAGUCUCCUGAAGAAUGCAGGGAAUUUACAGGAAGCCAUCCGGUCAGGUCAGAUGCCCAUUGACUCGCUCACAAUCCAUGGAGAUGUUUAUCUGGAAAUUCUGAAUGGUCAGAAUUUCACUGAAAUUGCAGCAAAUGCAAUCUGGCUCAAUGAAUCAAAUGUCUUCACGAAGGAUGUGAAUUUCCUGGACAAGAUCAACUUCAACGGGAAUUUGUCCGUGGAUAGUAACGUCAACACGAGAGAUUUUAAGGACUUCCUCAGCAAUCUCGUUUCAAAAUCAAAUGACACAAUCGUUCUGACUGGCCACAAAACCUUCAAGAAAGACUUACACGUCACUGAAGGCGUCGAAGUGGCGUUCAUUAAUGAUUUGAACGUGUCCAGCAUCCUCACCCAGGACAGAUACAGUGUCAUCGACGGCGAUCUCACUGUUAGUGGGAAUUUAACAGUGCAGAGAUUGAUUCUCAAUGGAAAGAUUAACAGAUUUCCAUUUUAUAAACUCACGGAUCUCUAUUCAUACGAUCUCAACGAUAAUUUUCAUCACAUUUGGGGAAAUGUGUACCUCCAAGAUCAUCCGUAUGUUGAUCAUUUAAUCGUGGAUGGAUAUCUGAAUGAUUUGAAGAACAUAACUGAGUACGUUAAAGGAAUUCAGAUGAAAUCCCAGAAGGUUUUCAACUUCACUGGCAAGAAGAUCUUCACGAGGCCUGCCUUCUUCAGGGAUUCUCUGGGUGCGAACUUCGUUAAUGGGAUCGAUUUCAGAGACUUGGUGGAAAAUGUGAUCAUCAAUGAUCCGUACAAUACGGUGGAAAUACACGGAGAUGUGUAUUUCGAUUCAACAUACCCAAGAACAUAUCCAAUCGACAGUUUUAUUGAGACUCCAGAGAUCUUCAUUGGUGGAAAUCUCACAGCGGAGUCCAUUGUGGGCUGCAAUCCUGGUCAACUCAUUCGUGAGGCAGUUUGGAAGGAUGAAGACAUGCAUUUGUUCAUGAACAUCACUUUCCAUCCCGGAGUAAAUGCAGAAUCAAUUGAGACUGGAUUCCUAAAUGGAAUUCCCAUGUCAAAGUACAUUACUCUUCACACUGAGCAGGAGAUUGAAGACACUCUCGUGGUCGCUGAUGUGGAGGUCAAUCAACCAAUUAGUGUUGAUGGGUUUGUCAAUGGAGUGAAAUUGCCGGAAGAGCACGAGAAUACCCUCAUGACCUACGGAGACCAGACAGUGGAGACUUCGGCCAGCUUCCAGCUGGCGCGGGUGCUGAACUCCCUCACGACAUCCGGCGAGGUGAACAACCAAAACAUCCGGAGUGUGGCUCUUCUCAGUUCCGAUCUCAUCAUCACGACUCCGGUGUCAUUUGAUCAUCUGCAGGUCGAGGAUAUGUUCACAGAGCACAUAAUUUCGGGGAUAAACUUCACGAAUUGGCAUGACAAUGUCCUUUGGAGGAGGAAAGCCACCAAUCAAACAGUUAGUGGUCGAUGGGUGUUCAAGAAGUGCCACAUUGAAGAGUCCCUCGAGGGCGAUGGAGCAAUAAACCAAAUUGACUUCGCCAAUAUGAUGAACUUCACUGGCAAUUGGGAAAAAUUGGCCGAGAAGGUGAAGUACACGGAAAAGCUGAAUGCGGAACUGUGUCGCAAAGUCAAUAGUCUCCUGAGCAGAAGUCGCCACGACAUCUGCUUCUUCCGCUACUUCGAGCUGCACGACAGCAUUUGGGAGAAGGGCGAGGAGAUCUCAUCUCAUCUAUUCUACGAGAACAAUGGGCAGAGUUACUUUAUUUACUCAGCUGGAUGUCGCAGCAAACUCUAUCAGUGGCUGUCUGGUGAGAAGCGCUUCGCUCUCCUGACCACAAUCAACACGGGGCAAAUCAUUGAGUGGAUUCAUGUGGAAGACGACAUAGGAAAUGCUCACUUGGUGGCAAGCAGUCUGGCGAAUGACAAAUGCAGCGAAAGCGGAAGUGCCGUGUGGAAAUGGAAUGGGUUUAAUCUCAUCAAGUUGACCCAAAUGGACCAGACCUUCCACUCCAUCCAGAAGAAUGGUCUUCGGCCAGGACACUUUUACGCCAUUGAUGAGGAGAAUGAUGUCACGGAAUUUGAUCUUCGCGGCGAAUCUGGGGAGAAGUGGAAGAAACCCUUGAGCGCUGCUAUGAAAUUCAUCCCUCAAGAGAUCAAUCUCGGUUUGGCAGUCACUGAUGGGAAGCAUAUUAAAGUGAUCAGAAGGAAUUCCAGGAGGAGAAGGAGGAGAAUGUCCAGAGCUGUUGAUAUGAGUCUCGAAGAUGAUGAGACACUUGUGAAUUUGCUGAAGCAAUACAAUCCCACUGACGCAUUUGAUGUUAAUAUCUUCGAUGAUGCAAUAGUUGGCGAUAAACUUUUCGACAAGUUCCAAGAAUUGAUGAAACAGGGAUCGAAAGCUUUCGUUGACACCACCUUCGAACUUGUAGAGAUCCUUAAUCGAUAUGAACAGAAUGAUGAUAAACAUGUUAGUGCUUCUGCUAAUGCCACAGAAGUUGAAGUUCUGAUGACGAAAGAAGUAUUUCUGAACACUUUGAAGUAUGUUUUGGCCAAAAAGAAAAUCCUCAUCGACCUUGCAAUGGGCGCUCUUUCCGGAACCGAUCAGGAAGUUAGUCAUAAUUCAUCUUUCACUGCAGCGAAUGCCCAGAAGAUCAAUGUCACAGACUUGAAGGAAAUAGCAGAAGACGCUUUGAAUAUGUGGCUGAUGGAAUUGCUCAUGAACGACAAGAUUAAUGAAAUCGCCGAUGAAGAGGGUCACAAUCUCAAAUCACAACCAGCAAUCAUCUAUGCGGAUAAGGAGCCUUCCUUUGAGGAAUUGACUGGAGAAAUCAUUGCCCUGACCGUUGGUCAUCCUCUGCACCGAAGGAAGCUCAUAGCUGUGGCCUCGAGGAGGAAAAGCACAGUUCCUGGACGUCACGAUCUGAUCUACUUGUAUGAGAACGCCAUCGGCGAGAGCAUCUUCCAGACGCUUCCGUGCCACGAGCCUUCUGGCCUCACAGCUCUUCAUCUGCGCGACGAAACGCUUCUGGUGUUCGUGGAAGAAGGUGUGGAAGUGCAGAUUUACAGCUACCAGGGCAUUGAGGGAUUCAAGAAGGUCUCUCAAUUCCACCUGAAAUCUCCAGCACUGCAUCUCACCAGCGUGUCUCUGCCCACGAGUGAAGAUCACCGUGUGAACUUCUUGGUUGUGACGAUGAUGAGGGAGAUUCUCUUCUUAGAGGCCAAGAUGAUGGGAAACUGCCGUGUGGAUGUGGAAGUGAAUUGCGAUGACUAAACAAAUCCCAAAUUAGAUGCUCUUAGAGCUGCUUCUCAGCUGUUUAUCAUUCGUAUCUAUACCGAUGGAUUCUUCUAAAUAUUUACACUAAAACCUCGAUGUUGUAAAUUGUUGUCUCUGUUCCCGGCCAAUAAAUAUUCGCCAUAGUUUGCAUCGCAGAGGACAAUUACCUAUCCUUUCGAGUGGUGGAUGGAAGAAGUGUGUUUGCCAAUUAGUGUGAUAAAAUAUUAAUCAAGUGGCUUGAUUAUUUGGUUAGCUCUCUGCCGUCUUGUUUGGGAGCAACGCUGGAAUUUCGGUGAACUCUGGCUGGUGGUCUCUCGAGAGGCAGCGCAAACAAAGGCCAAUGAAUUU